CCCAGAAGAAUCCAUCAUCACCAACUUUCCCAGAACUUCAGCAAACCGCCGGCGAUCAUCAACCGGCCCCCGUCCGGCCCCCGCCACCAACUCAACGCCUUCACAAAAGGAUCCAGCAGCAGAGAGAACGUCUGUCUGUCCGACCGUCACAAGGAGCGGCACGAGAGCGAGUCCUUCUGUGACAGUGAUUUCGCCGUCAACGGAUUCGUCCACGACGUGUCGAUGCUGGCGGGAGGAAUGCGGCUGGCGACGCUGCUGCUGGACAGCGCCGGGCUCUACAAAACCAAGCGGCUUUAUAUCGCGCCGGACGGCUUCUUCUUCCGCGUGAACAUUCUCAGCGUGGAUUCACCAAAAUGCCCCAAAUCCUGCCCGGAAUUCAAGCUGGGAAGCCGCUACAUCGUAAUGGGCCGGAUCUACCCCAAGAGAACCGAGUUACCGGCGGACGCUCGGCAGCUACUCGGCGGGCGCCUGCGGGCCGGGGACGGACUGGUGGGGUGCGGCAGCUACGUCAGGAGCUUUAACAGGAAGAGAGAGCGGAAAGUCCUCGCAGCGGCGCGUGCCAAAUGUAAGUGAUCCGGAAUAUUCCACCAACGGAACCGAUAUCGGCUCAUCACCCCCAUCAACACGACAGCUUUCACGGACAUUACUCACUCAACCCCGCCGCCGCCCGGGGGGGGGCACUGAA